GCAGGAAUUUUCCAUGCCCAGUCCGUGUUCUUUGCUCUUUGUCCACUUCCGUGAGUUUCACUGUUUGUUUGUUUUUUAAUUAUUGCCAAAGCUGUAUAGAGAGUGUCAGAGAGUGUUCUGUGCUCUUCAAAAUGAAGCGAAAAAUAAUUCAAUCUGAAAAAAGAGAUACGUCUGCAGGAAGAUUGCAACAAUCCGGUCAGAAACCCAAGGAUUUAAACGUGCAUGCAAGAUCGCAAUGGCAAUGGACGUGGACUAACAUGUUCCUACUUUCUCUCUGCAUCUUCUCUGCAUCAAUACCAUUUCUUCUGCAUAUCUUCUCUGCCUCUAUUGACCUCAGCCGACCAUCAGAUAUAGGGCUCAAUCACACUAUAAACAUGUACCUCACACCUGAACAGGGGGUGAGGGUGGGCGUGUGGCACACUGUACCCGAACAUAGAUGGAAGGAGGCGCAGGGAAAGGAUCUGGACUGGUAUGAGAAAGCUCUGGGGGACGGAUCGCCCAUUUUCAUUUACCUCCAUGGCAAUGGGGGCAACAGAUCUGCACCCCAUCGAAUUGGAAUUGCAAAUGUCUUGAGUGCUGUUGGAUAUCAUGUUUUGGUGAUGGACUACAGAGGUUUUGGGGACUCCACUGGUGAGCCUACAGAGGCCGGUCUGACUACUGAUGCUGUGUACUUGUACCACUGGGUUAAGGCACGCAGUGGAAACAGCCUGGUGUGUGUGUGGGGUCACUCGCUUGGUAGUGGUGUUACGACUAACACUGCAGUGAAAUUACUGGAGCAAGGAAAACAGUUUGAUGGAAUUAUACUUGAGGGUGCAUUCCUAACUGGACGGGUGGCAAGAGAUCAACGGAUGGAACACCCUUUUACAUGGUUUUAUUGGAAAUUCCCAUACAUUCAGUUCUACCUUUUCAAUCCACUUAAAAACAACAUUUUAGUCUUUCCAACUGAUGAGAAUUUGCAGAAACUUCAAACUCCCCUCAUGAUUCUGCAUUCUGAAGAUGACCAUCUAAUUCCCAUUGCCAUAGCUCAAGAGAUCUACAGAACUGCAAAAAAGGCCCAGAACUCGGAUAAGCGAGUCAAACUGGUAACAUUUGAUGGAUCGCUUGGAUACCUUCAUAAUGGGCUGUAUAAAGACUCUGGGUUGCCAAAUAUCAUAAGGGAGUUUGUGGAGUCACUGAUGACAUGAGAGACACACACAGAAGAAGGAGGAGGAUUUACAGGAUUUACAGUUUCAUAUAAUUGAUGUUGGAACUGUUGUACAAUUAAUAAUUGUAUUGUCAAUGUAAUCACAAUGUUGCCACUGGCAGUGUAUCUCUGACAGACAUGAAACUAUCACCCAUUUUAUGACUGAAUAGUGGUUUGUUUCCUCAGAGACAUAAUCAGCGUGAAGUGAUUAAACAACUCAUCAAUUUUUUUUUUUAUAUAAAGGUUCAUCCUCAUCUUCA